AUGUUGAAACAUCUUCGACAGGCGGCUUUUUCAAUUAUUUCAAGAAUAUGCUCAAUUGCAAUUAAACAAUUGAAACUGUCGGAUUUAAUACCCGUAAAGAAUCUAUUUGUGACGGAUGAUGUACGGUGUUCAAUAUUACUCAAUUUUAAACAUUUAUUUUUAUAUAUUGCUUCACCUUAUAUUGUAUUUUUAUUUAAUAAUUUUUGUGUAAAACACACUCAUUCAUUUUUAAAAUUUAUAACACACCUUACUGCUCUUGGUUAUGUCACAAUCAUUCCAUUUAUGUUAUUGUUUGGUCCCUUCAUCGUGAUGAAUCAAUUGUCACAAGUACUCUCACGAUUAUUUCCAUUUAAACGUGGUUUAUCUCAUGCUUAUUGGGCACCAAAUAGUUGA